AUAGAAUUCCUGAUUUUCUUACUGAGUACACAAGAAAUGAAGCAGGUUGGAGAGAAAUCUAGGCACUCAGCUGAUGAACUUUCUGCCACCAUGGGGGAGCUUUUCCGGAGUGAGGAGAUGACGCUGGCCCAGCUUUUUCUACAGUCAGAAGCUGCUUAUUGUUGCGUCAGUGAAUUAGGAGAACUUGGAAAGGUUCAGUUUCGUGAUUUAAAUCCAGAUGUGAAUGUUUUCCAGCGGAAAUUUGUGAAUGAAGUGAGAAGAUGUGAAGAAAUGGAUCGAAAGCUUCGAUUUGUUGAGAAAGAAAUAAGAAAAGCUAAUAUCCCAAUAAUGGACACUGGCGAAAAUCCAGAGGUGCCCUUCCCCCGAGACAUGAUUGACUUAGAGGCCAAUUUUGAGAAGAUUGAAAAUGAACUGAAGGAAAUCAACACAAACCAGGAAGCCCUGAAGAGAAACUUCCUGGAACUGACUGAAUUAAAAUUCAUACUUCGCAAAACUCAGCAGUUUUUCGAUGAGAUGGCGGAUCCAGACCUGUUGGAAGAGUCUUCAUCCCUCUUGGAGCCAAGCGAGAUGGGAAGAGGCACGCCUUUAAGACUUGGCUUCGUGGCUGGUGUGAUUAACCGAGAACGCAUCCCGACUUUUGAGCGCAUGCUUUGGCGGGUGUGCCGGGGGAAUGUGUUCCUGCGACAGGCUGAAAUCGAGAACCCCCUGGAGGAUCCUGUGACUGGCGACUACGUGCACAAGUCUGUGUUCAUCAUUUUCUUCCAAGGCGAUCAGCUGAAGAACAGAGUCAAGAAAAUCUGUGAAGGGUUCCGGGCCUCCCUCUAUCCCUGCCCUGAAACCCCCCAGGAGAGGAAGGAAAUGGCUUCUGGAGUUAAUACCAGGAUUGACGAUCUCCAAAUGGUCCUGAAUCAAACAGAGGAUCACCGCCAGAGGGUUCUGCAGGCAGCUGCUAAGAACAUCCGGGUCUGGUUCAUCAAAGUGCGGAAGAUGAAGGCCAUCUACCACACUCUGAACCUGUGCAACAUAGAUGUGACCCAGAAGUGCCUGAUUGCAGAGGUCUGGUGCCCAGUCACUGACCUUGACUCCAUCCAGUUUGCACUCAGAAGGGGCACGGAACACAGUGGUUCCACCGUGCCCUCCAUCUUGAACAGGAUGCAGACAAACCAGACUCCCCCAACCUAUAACAAAACAAACAAAUUCACCUACGGCUUUCAGAACAUAGUAGAUGCUUACGGGAUUGGAACUUACCGAGAGAUAAAUCCAGCUCCAUAUACCAUCAUCACUUUCCCUUUCCUAUUUGCUGUGAUGUUUGGGGACUUUGGCCAUGGCAUCUUGAUGACCCUUUUUGCUGUAUGGAUGGUCUUAAGGGAGAGCCGGAUCCUCUCCCAGAAGAAUGAGAAUGAGAUGUUUAGCACUGUGUUCAGUGGCCGGUACAUUAUCCUUUUGAUGGGUGUGUUCUCCAUCUACACUGGCCUCAUCUACAACGAUUGCUUUUCCAAGUCUCUUAACAUCUUUGGGUCUUCCUGGAGCGUGCGGCCGAUGUUCACUAUAUAUAAUUGGACGGAGGAGACGCUUCAUGGGAACCCCGUGCUCCAGUUGAACCCAGCUGUCCCUGGCGUUUUUGGUGGACCAUACCCUUUUGGCAUCGACCCAAUCUGGAACAUUGCUACCAAUAAACUGACCUUCCUCAACUCCUUUAAGAUGAAGAUGUCUGUUAUCCUUGGUAUUGUCCACAUGAUAUUUGGGGUCAGCCUGAGCCUUCUCAACCAUACCUACUUCAGGAAGCCCCUGAAUAUCUACUUUGGAUUUAUUCCUGAAAUAAUCUUCAUGACCUCUUUGUUUGGCUACUUGGUUAUCCUUAUUUUUUAUAAGUGGACAGCCUACGAUGCUCAUACAUCUAAGAAAGCGCCAAGCCUUCUGAUCCAUUUCAUAAACAUGUUCCUGUUUUCCUAUCCGGACUCUAAUUCGAUGCUGUAUUCUGGACAGAAAGGGAUUCAGUGUUUCCUGGUAGUGGUUGCCCUACUGUGUGUGCCAUGGAUGCUGCUGUUUAAACCACUGGUCCUUCGGCAUCAAUAUUUGAGGAGGAAGCAUUUGGGAACUCUCAACUUUGGUGGGAUCAGGGUGGGCAACGGACCGACAGAGGAGGAUGCUGAGAUUAUUCAGCAUGACCAGCUCUCCACCCAUUCAGAAGAUGCAGAAGAGCCUACCGAGGACGAAGUGUUUGACUUUGGAGACACCAUGGUCCACCAGGCCAUCCACACCAUCGAGUACUGCCUGGGCUGCAUCUCCAACACCGCCUCCUACCUGCGGCUCUGGGCCCUCAGUCUCGCUCAUGCACAGCUGUCUGAGGUGCUGUGGACCAUGGUCAUCCACAUCGGCCUGAGCGUGAAGAGCUUGGCAGGAAGUCUGAGCAGGAACCGAGGCCACACCAGUGCACUGGAGGACGGCGCUCUUGCUGAGGGCAGGCCGUGGGCUUCUGAGGCGGAGCUGUGUGCACCGUGGGAAGUCGCCACAGUCUGGGACUGUGGCUUGGCGGGCUGGCAGACGGGCCGCGGGAGGAAGAGCUGCUUUUCCUGGAAAGUGCGGCUUCGGGGAGCGUGGGGUCGGGCAUCUUUCUGGCCCAACUAUGAAAUCCCAAAGGUUUCAGAAGGUUUCUGUGGGAUGAUGACUUCCCUCUUCCCUUUCCUCAGGGUCGAGUUCCAGAAUAAAUUCUACAGCGGGACCGGGUUCAAGUUCCUGCCCUUCUCCUUCGAGCACAUUCGGGAAGGAAGGUUUGAAGAGUGAGCCCCUCGGGGCUCUGUGACCGCCGCCCUCCCCCACUCCCUCCGUGGGGGUUGGAUGUGCUCCUCUUGCCUGCUGGUUGCGAUCCCUGGAUGUUGGAGCAUUUGUGUCAUCCCUGCCUCCCUCCCCCAGCCGCCUGUGAGACAUUUAGAUAGAUGCGGCCCUCCCUUGGGUCCCCUGCCACCUCAGCUUUGUGUGUUGUGUUGUAGUGUAGUGGUUUUUCUAGAGAAAAGCUGGGCUCUGGCUGUCACUCGCACCACUGGGCACCAGCCAAGCACAGCCCCUCUCUGUCCCCUGGUGGGGACUGUGUGCAUUUACAUGUAUGUGAGCCCACAGCCCAUGGAAGAAGAACCUUUGCCACCCACACCCAGACUCUAAACCCCACCCCCUCCUGCCAUUCUAGUUACUGGUUGGCGUGGGGGUGCUCUUGAACACCGCACCCUUGGGUUAGCAGGGGUGGGUCCAAGAAGAUGGUAUUUCAGUCCUCUGCCACCGGCCUUGUCUUCAGAGCACUUAUCAGGAAUUCAGCUGGGCCCCACUGUGUCAUCAUGCAUAGAUUAUCCUUGUCAUCCCCAAGGGUCCAUAGGUACCCAGUCCCACCUUCCUAACCCCCUACACUCACACUCUUUCCUCCUCCCUCCCAGAACCCCUUUCUCUCCUCCCUUAUUUGCACCCUGUAUGAUAUGGCACAGCUGGGAGUGACCCAAAACACGGGUCCUGGCUGGCUGCUUCUCAGGCCAUGCGUGGGCCCUGCCACAGGCACGCCCUCUGGGCAAAGGGUUUAAAUUGAUGCUUUUUCCUGGUGUAGACCCUGAGACCCUUCCCCACCCCCAAUCAUGAGUCUUGAGUGCAGGGCUGUAGUCAUCAAGGGUGGUUCUCUGGCAGGCCUGCCUUGCUCUGCCCAUCAGUGCCCCUCCCCACUUCCACACUGAGCCCAAGUCGGGGGCGUGGGGCCCUGGGCAGGGAAGGUCAGCAUCAUUUAUAGUUUGCUGAUGGAGGCAACUGGCAGGGCUGGUGGUGAACACCCCCAAGGGGCCAGCUCCCCUGCCACCCUCACACUAGCUGUGGGUCUUAGGGCCUUUUAAUCAUGCGUUGGCACAGCAGCCCUGACUGCUUCAGCUAAAUGGAUCCUGUCACCUCCAAUGCUGGAGAUAAUCCCCUGAAUUGGCCAGGCCCCAGCCCUCUCCCACCCUGGCUUUUCUAAGUGAGCUCCUUAGGAGCUGCUCACUCCACUCCCAGGCUGGGCUGGCCCUGGGCAUGGGCCACCCGUCUCAGUUCCCCAGCUUCACCCUGUGCUGGCCAGCGUGACCUGACCCAGACCUUGUGCGGAGAUCCCUCCCUUCUGAUGAGCUUUGCUCUGUUUACAGCAGGGCUUAAAGCUGGGUUCUAUGUCAGGACCCCUGCCCAAGGCCCUUCUGUUCAGACAUUCCUGUGCUGAAUAAAGUGUGUUUGACUCUGCGA